GGGAUCGGUAUUGAAAUUAUUGCGAACCAACCGGAAGCACAUGUGGGUACGACGUAAACAUUCUCAAAAAAUCUUAAAUAUAGUGAAAUAUGCCAAAAGAACGAGUAGCAAAGAAAUCAAGAACACACCAAGAUGUUCAAAAACAAGGAAUUAAUUUUAACAAGGAAUUUGGUCAACAUAUUUUGAAGAAUCCAUUAGUAGUAAAUAGCAUGAUUGAAAAGUCUGCACUUCGACCCACAGAUGUUGUUCUUGAGGUUGGACCAGGUACAGGAAAUAUGACAAUGAAACUAUUAGAGAAAACCAAAAAGGUGAUAGCAUGUGAAAUUGACCCUCGGCUGGCUGCAGAAUUACAGAAAAGAGUGCAGGGAACGCCUUUCCAGACUAAACUCCAUCUGAUUGUUGGGGACGUCUUGCGAACUGACCUGCCUUUUUUUGACAUCUGCGUAGCUAACCUUCCUUAUCAGAUAUCCUCUCCCUUUGUAUUUAAGUUGCUCUUACAUAGACCAUUCUUUAGAUGUGCAGUGCUGAUGUUCCAGAGGGAGUUUGCUCAGAGAUUGGUAGCCAAGCCUGGAGACAAACUGUACUGCAGACUCUCCGUCAACACCCAGCUGUUAGCCAGAGUCGACCAUUUGAUGAAGGUUAGCAAGAACAACUUCAGACCCCCACCAAAAGUGGAAUCCAGUGUUGUGAGAAUAGAGCCAAGGAACCCCCCUCCUCCCAUCAACUUUCAGGAAUGGGAUGGACUUGUCAGAAUUUGCUUCUCCAGAAAAAACAAAACUAUAGGAGCUUCUUUUAAAUAUACAAAGGUGUUAGAAUUGCUGGAGAAAAAUUACCGAACUCAUUGUUCUCUCAAGUCUGUGCCAGUGGCACCAGACUUUGAUGUGAAAGCAAAGGUUACAGAGAUUUUGGAGAAAGGAGACUUUGAGAAGAAAAGAGCUAGGACCAUGGAUAUUGAUGACUUUCUGGGAUUGUUGAACUGUUUUAACGGAGAAGGAUUUCAUUUUUCUUGAGGCUGUCCUAGAAGGAAGAUAUUUGCCAGGUCUUUCAUAUUUCACCAGUCAAUAAGUUGUCAAAAUUCAUUGUGAGUGUGAGGAACUAAUUGAAUGCAAUGCAACUUUCUCAGUUCUGAGUCCAAUAGUGGCUUGAAUGGACACAGCAUCAUCAGACUGAAACCAAAUGUUAAAACUUGAAACAAUCAUAGCAUCUGGUGUUGAAAUGGUUAUUCUCUUAUAUUAUCUGACAGUAUUUGAACACUGACAAAUUUGCUCCUUUAUUUCACUCUGACAGUUUUGAGUUUGAAUCAAACUUCUAAGGUCUUCCGACUCUUCGUAAAGCAAUUAUUUGCUCUUUAAAUUUUUCUCAUAAGAAAACCCCCCAAAAAUAACCAUAAGCAAACUGAAGAUCCUGACUACUCUUUAGUUGUAUAUGCAUGUACAAAAUGUACUUGCUGCUUUGUGUUGUUAAUCUUUGUGUUAUUAUCAGAAUUAUUGAUGAAUAAAAACAUGUAAAACAU